AUUGUCUGUGUGUUGUUCUUGUCUGCUCUGCGUAUUAGAAAGCUAUGGCACUAAAACAAACUGCUUUUAUGUGUAAUCUCAUCUCAUCCUGCUUCUGCUGUAGACCAGUCACUACACAGUCCUGUACAGCAGCAGGCCACCAGAGGUCCAUCCGUACUUAUGAGUACGCUAGUAUGCAGUGUGGGACGUAGCCAAGAAGCACAUGAUCAUCGGUGUUUACAUGCAGCACACCAUAUCACCAUUACUGGCUUUUUGACGGUUUGAUUAAACAUUAGUGACUCACAGACUUACAGGAUCUGCGUCAGUCUGGCGGUUCAGCUCUGCUUCAUACACCGGAUUGGGGAUCUAUGUGGCUGUGUUUUCACCAAGCGAACAGAAAGUGUUGUGUAUUUAAAGGCCAACAGAUGUAUAGCUAUGUGAUCCCCAGUGAAUGAUCCCCAGUGAAUUGCCAUGGGUGUCAUCGAGGAGAGUGAUCUGGAGCAGGUGACCCUGGCUCUGCUGGAUGCAGCCAAUGAUAAGGAUGUGGGUGUACAGGAGCAGGUUCGGAAGUCCAUCCUUACGCUGGGGAACCAGCAGCCAGAUAAAGUGCUGUCCAUGUGCCAGAACUACCUGCUUAAACACUCCAAGCUGGUGGCAGGGCACCGAGUGGUGGUUCUGAAGACCAUAGAGCUGGUGGUAAAAAGCAAGAUUGAGGACAUCAGUUAUCCUAAACUAAAGACCACCAUAACACUGGCCUCAGAUGAAAUGACCAGGUCUAAGGAAGUUGUCAAUGACUGGCAGCAGACGGCUAGUGACAUAUUGGUCGCUGUAGGGAACAAGUACAUCAAUGAAAUUAUGGAGGACAUCCUUGGCAAGUUCCAGCCAGGGGUUCUACCUCAUUACUUCGUGGUCCAAACAUUAGCCAGUCUCUCAGACUCCAAUGUUUAUGGCAUGGUUCCGUUCCUCAGCGCUAUCUUGGGUACCAUGUUGCCUAUGUUAGGACUGGCCAAGCAAGACAACAUGAAGUGGGUCUUCUCCUCUGCUCUUUCACGCUUCAGUGAGAGCAUUCUGGAGUACCUGGCCAACUUGGACAAAGCGCCGGACCCCACAGUACGCAAGGACACGUUCUCCAGUGAAAUAUAUGCUGCUUAUGACAUCCUCUUUAACAGUUGGCUUCAAAGCAGAGAUGCCAAGUUGCGUCUGACCGUAGCAGAAGCUCUGGGGUUGAUGAGUCACUUGAUGCCUCAUGACAAGUUGGAAGAGCAGCUCCCUAAACUCCUCCCUGCAAUACUUAGCUUGUACAAGAAAAACCCUGAGCACUACAUCAUCAGCAAGAGCCUUUGUCAGAUCCUGGAGGCCUCUGUGAACAUAAGCAGCAGGGUGCUCGAGACUCAGAUGGAUAGCCUUCUAGUUGCUCUGCACCAACAGGUGUGUACACCUGUGGACUAUAGUAAUCCUCCAACUGUGAAAAACCACAAUGAAAUUCUGCGAUGCUUCACGGUCCUUGCUAAAACGUUCCCAGACCGACUGAUGGUGUUUGUCCUGCAGAGGCUGGAAAACAAUAAUGAGAGAAACAGAAUAAGCUCCCUGGCUGUACUCAGACACCUCAUCAACUCAACAACUUCCAUAAUGGAAAACAAGAAGCUUCUUAUUCUUGCCAGUAUGAGACAACCUUUAGCAGACAACAGCAAUAAGGUAAAGAAGAGUGUUGUGCAGGUCAUCAGUGCGAUGGCUCACCAUGGCUACCUGGAGCUGGAGGGAGGAGACAUUCUCGUGCGCUUUAUCAUUCAACACUGUGCACUUCAGGACACUUACCAUCGAGGACAACGUCCCUUAGAUCCAGAGGAGGUGACUAAUGAGGCACUGAGAAGCAUGUGUGAUGACACACUUCAUCUCUUCUCCACGACUGUGGGCCACCUGACAGAUGUGUUGUGGCCGAUGCUGCUGUGCUACUUGACCCCAAGUCAGUACUUCAAUGCCACCACCCCUCUCUGCAAAAGCCUUAUCUUGCUGGCCAAUAAGAAGCGAUCAGCCCAAGAGCAAACUUUCACCAUCAACUUCAGUGCGCCAGGUUCCAAUAUUCCUUCUCCACAUAUGCUAAUGAUAAGGCUUUUGGUGAAUGCUGCGUUCCCAUUCUCGUAUCGAGGGCAUGGGUCUCCCUCUCUGAGUCUUCUGAAUGCCAUCGGUCCCAGCAUUAACCCUAAAGUAGAAGCACUAUGGGAAAGUGAGAUCCCAAAGCUGCUUAGCUAUCUGGAAGAAUUCACACCAGAAGACUUUGACAAAAGAUCCUGGGAAGACGGACUCCUUCGGUUUCUGUCUAAAACUCUGGUAGCCAUAGAUGAUGGCCAGUGGAGCUGUCAGCUGGUAGUUGAAGCAACCCGAUAUCUUCCUACCUACAAUCAUUCUUUGGAGGAGAAGAGCUUCCUGUAUAAGUGUAUCGGUGUGGCUCUGCAGCAGUCCAGCAGUAAGGAGCUGGUGAAAAAACAGCUCCAGGAGAUCCUGAUCAGCACCCGCCAUAACGACGCCACAGAGAGAGCGGGAGUAGCGAUAGCUGUGGGGUUGUGUGCCAGCAGUCAUUUGGAUGGCACUCUGGCCAAGCUUGAGGAGUUUGGGAAAUCUGAUACCUUCAAGAAAGCCUCUGGGAUAUUCAGCUUGCUCAAAGAUAAGAAUGAUGUGGAUGUAGAGAAGAUGAAGAGCACUUUGAUUUUAUGCUAUGGCUACGUGGCCCUGAAUGCCCCGGUGGAACAGCUUCUCAUUCGCCUCGACAAUGACAUACUCCGCAACAUCAGCAAGCUCUUUAACACCAAGGUUCUUGGAAUUAAAGUAGAGACCAAGGACCUGACCAUGAAGCUGAGUCUAAUUCAAAGUAUUGGCCUCAUUGCAAAAGCUAUUAAUAACUGCGUUCACAAACAGGGAUACGUCUUCACCCGCAAACAGGAGCUCGUCGGAGUAAUGAUGGAUUUCAUCAAGGCAGAGCCAGUCGAUGCCUUGCGUACUCCAGUGCGCCAACUUGUUAUGACCACAUGUGCCAACCUCAAUAUUUUGGAUCCACCCCUGGCGGAAAAUGAAACUUUUGAUAUGCUGAAAGUUUGCAUAAAUGGGGUAUUUGGGCUUCCUUCAUUAGAAAUGUUGGAAAAAACCAAAGAUGAAGAGCUUCUUGACCCCCAGGAACGAGAGGUCUUGUAUGCAUCCACCUUCAGCGCCCUUCAUGAUCUGCUGUGCAGUGUUCUGGCACGAGAUUUAACUCCAGACGGUAUUCAGACUAUGUUCAAGCAUAUAGAGAGCUGGUUGAGCUCUAAACAGGACCAUGAGCGUGAGCGAGCAGUGAGGACUGUAGCUGAAAUGCUGAAUUUCUACCUGGACAGUCUUAAUGUCAAGACCUUAGUGACAUUCCAUAACCUCGGGAGUUUGUUGGGGCGUCUGGCCCCACGCUGUACAGACCCCAAUGCUGCGGUGCGGAGAGCUGCCAUAGACUGCAUUUACUUACUCUUACACAUUCAGCUGCGUUAUGAAGGCUUUUCGCUGGACUACAAGGAUGACUCAGUAGAAAGUUUAACAUCAUUGCGAGAACAACUAAAUGACCCUGACCCAUCAGUCCUCUAUAAAACCUGCUCUGAACUCACUAAGAUCAUCAGUAAACGUCUGCCUCAGCAGCAGCUAAACACACUGAUCUUCAUGCUGUUUGAAGGUUUAGUUGACUCCCAAUCCAAUUGUGCCAGAGCCUCAAGUGUCAUUCUGAACACACUGCUCAAAAACAGAGGGGCGAUGCUGCAAGAUCUGGUGCCAGAGAUGUUGGAGGAGCUGCACAGUCAGCUGCAGGUCAUCUCUGAAGAGCAGGUGAAGGUUGCAGUCGCACAGUCUAUUUUGAUCCUGGCCACACAGCACUUGCAGACGGUCAUCAACACACUCAUUUCAUAUCCUCUUCCUUUCGACAGUUGGAUAAGUGAGAUGUGGAUCGCUCUGGGAGCAGACAGCACUGUAGCCCGGCAGAUCAUGGAAAUGAUCAUGGAGAAGUUAAACGUCAUUGUACCCUAUGUGGAUAAGAAGGAGUCCAUACUGAAACCAGGCAUGACUAAGGUGGCCACCAAUCAACCGUUAGCGAUGACAUGUGCCCUGCGUGAGAUGAUGCUGAAUGGACACACGGAAGAAGCUGUGGUCAGUCUUUUCCCUCAGCUGUUCAGUGCACUGCUGGUCCGUAUUGGCUCCAGUGUUGGGGUUCAGUUACCCAGAGACAUUAACAGCAAUAGUAUCAGAGCAGAAGGCAGAAGCCCCAGCAAAAGCACCUUUGAUGUCUGUGGGACUGCAGUUGAAGCUUUGCGCAUCCUACUGGCUCGAGCUCAUCUGGAUGUUGUAGUGAAUGUACUAGACCAGGACACGGUGUGGGACAAGAUGAAGGACCCUCAGCAACAUACAACAGGGGUCACUCUUCUCUCCAGAGCAAUGGCGAAGCAUGCAGGGCCACGAAUCCCUGCUAUAGUGGAGAGCAUGUGUCCAUUGAUCAGCAACAUCUAUGAGUGCCAGAGAAUCACAGUCACAGCUUUCUUCUCCGAGCUGCUAAACCACCAUGUUGUGACCGAGCUGAUGAUGAUUGAUGUAUUGAUGAACAACAUGAUGGAGAGGAUUUCAGACCCAUGUUGUACUGUCCGUAUGCUGGCCAUCAGAGGCCUGGGGAACAUCGCCACUGGCUCACCAGAGAAGGUGAAUAAAUAUGCUAAGGAGCUGUUGGCAGCCAUGAGCUCGGGAAUGGAAGAGAAGGACGACCCAGGGAAGCUCAUCACUCUUGAGGCUAUGUCUGGCAUGUCAAAGGUGUUGCUCUACCUGGAUGAGAGGAAUGUCCACAUGCUGGUAGUUUACAUCUUCAUGAAGAUUAAACCCUUCCUGGAGAAUGAGAACGACGAGAUCCGCUGUGCUUCCAUCAUGCUGCUGGGGAACCUAUCGAAGUUCGGCUCAGGGGAACCUGUUUUUAAAGACCAGAUUCAUAACGUGUUGGUCGGUCUGCUCCUGCACCUCAGUGACCCAAGUACACAGGUUGUCAAGGCAUGUAAAUAUUCCAUGCGUGUGUGCGCUCCUGUCUUGGGUUCUGAAAUGAUCACCAACAUGUUUCAGAACCAUCUCCACGAAGAGAAGAGCCUUCACUAUGGCGAAUUCAUCAAUGACCUUGUCAAAUACCUAAUUCAAGACUUCCCAGGAAUGCUGAAUUUCUACCAUGUCACAGUAAUUCAGUUCUUCAAGAGCAACUGGGCAGAGAUCAGAGCAAGUGCCGCUAUGUUCAUAGGAUUUCUACUGAGAAAUCUGCCUGAUGAGCACUUCUCUCAUAUCAACAUGGGGAUAGUGACUAAGGCUCUCGUCAUGCUGCUACAGGAUCCAGAUCCUCUGGUUCGAGCAAAGGCAGCAGAAGCCAUGGGGCACUUUCACUGAAUAAUCACCCAAACCCAAAGCCAAUUAUAGGUGGUUGGAAAAGGUUGACAGCCUAAAUGUUGUACUUGAAUUAUCCAUUUAGUGACCAAAGACUGUGCACUACGUAUAGAACGUAAAGAUAAUUAGAAGCUCUGUAAUGUCAUUGAUGAAUUGAUGAACAUGGCGAAUUUUGACAGGACUAUAUAGUAAUUAUGUAUCAUGUCCCUACUCAUCGGUAAUAGAUUUAUGCAGUGCGCAGUAAAAGCUGUAAGGCUACCAGAAUCCCUUUAAACAUUGGACAUCCAGAAAUUAGAACCGGUUUUAAAGAUAUCUCUUAUAGUCCAUCUUAGACAAUUGUGAAUAAUUACUAUUGACUGAGCAGACAGAAUACACACAAUUUGUUUUUAUUUUCUUUUGAUAAUGGUCUAUUUUGGUAGGCUGAUGACGUGUUCUCACAAAAAAACAACAACAAAAAAACAAAAAAACAGCAAUACAUUGUAGAAAGUGUGCAACAAGCUACUGUUCUCCACAUUGACCAUAAGGAGCUAGCCUUUUCUAGUAUAAUGCAUUUGAGGUAGCAAAAGUUCAUCUACUGAGGUGAACACAUUGUAGGUGAACCUGUAGACCCCAGGCAGGACAUGUAGAGAAAAUUACAUUUGACAAAGUCGAGCCAUAAUAGUGCCAAACAUAGUGUUGUAAACUGAGGCAACAGUGAACAUUUUCAUUGUCAUUUUUAAUGCAAUUCAGCUGCAGGUGGUGGCAUCACAGUAGUAUUUUCAUAUUGGACAAUGAGAUGCUUAAUUAAUACAACUGUCGAUAUCUUGAUAAAUGCAUAUAACUAUUAAUAUAUCUAGUGCAAUGUAGCAGAUUUUGUGAUUUCUGUGUGAAAUACUGUGUUGUGUUCUUUUUUUAUAUAUAUACACAAUCUUGAUUAAUUCAUUAAAACAAAUUAUACCUGGAAGAUAAACAGUUUAUUAUAGAACUCAUGCUGUUAAACCAAGAACUCUAAACUCCGUUCAAAUGAUGACUUAGACUGCCACUUACUGACAGUACAGCCCCGUUAACCCGAGUCGAGAUGUGUUUAUAAGUGCUUUUUUGUGAUUGUGGUUUUCACAUCUUUAUGAACUUUGUCCUGUGUUAUUUUUUUGAGAAACUUUUAUAUGGAUGAUCAUGGACUAUGUGCUGAUUCAAUAAAGUUGUUGAAAGCA